AGGCUCCGACGGCCGGAAGUCCCGCCUGCCAAGUAGACGUCGCUGCCGUCGCCGCCUCCGUUGUUGUUGUGGUCUCUUCUCCGACGUCCGCGGCUCAGAGAGCCGGCCCCGUCGCCUCCCGCCGCCAUGAAGUGGAUGUUUAAGGAGGACCACUCUCUGGAACACAGAUGCGUGGAAUCCGCGAAGAUCAGAGCAAAGUACCCCGACCGGGUUCCGGUGAUCGUGGAAAAAGUCUCGGGAUCUCAGAUUGUUGACAUUGACAAAAGGAAGUACUUGGUUCCUUCUGACAUCACCGUGGCUCAGUUCAUGUGGAUCAUCAGGAAAAGGAUUCAGCUUCCUUCUGAGAAGGCGAUCUUCCUGUUUGUGGACAAGACAGUCCCACAGUCCAGCCUAACUAUGGGACAGCUUUACGAGAAGGAAAAAGAUGAAGAUGGAUUCUUGUAUGUGGCCUACAGUGGAGAGAACACUUUUGGCUUCUGAGGGCCAGUGCUGGGCUAGGUGCACCGUUCCUGCUUGUGUAUCUUGUAAAUAACUGGCUGUUUUCAGUUACUCUACCAGAGCCUCUUCACAUAGACCUACUAGUGCAUUUGUAACUGGAUUUAUUUCUUAAUAUAUUGGAAAGUUUUGUUUCUUUAGAUUAGUAAAUUAUCAUACAGAGUUUUAUUUUCAGUUUUCUUUUUGUGCAUUGACCUCAUGGCUAUAUGUUUCAAGGAACCUGUCCUCUGGGAAUCAUAUUUAAUGAAGAUAUUUCCAUAAUGAAGGGAGGUAGGUGUGGCAUUAAAGUGAAAAGGAGGGGUAAUGCAUUGUUCUGGAUUAUGUUCCAAGUGUUAGGUGGCUAAGUAUUAAAAGCCCCCAAAUGAAAUCCUUAGCAAUCUGAAUACACUUGCUUCACUAGAUUUUGCCAACUGCAAAUCAUGUUGGAUUAAGCUAAUCUGUUCUUCUUUCUGAGACUAUUAAGGUAAAUAAUUAACAAUAAAACUUCCUCUUAUAAAGGCAUUACAGUGUGACCAUGUCCUUAUUCACCUUCUUUUGGAUGAGUGAGAGAAAUGGUUCCUAUUUGUCAGGCCUGGAGAAGGGCUUAUAGGCCAUGGCAGUCUAACCUAGGAGGGAAGUGGUGGCUGGUAUAAUAAAAGGGAUUAUUUUUUUCCAGUGGAUAAUAUAGUCAUAAGGUUCAGAUACCAGGGCUAUGUAAAAAGAUAUACAUUGCAAAGUCUCAUACUACUGUUUUCAGAUCUCUGCUGCUUAUGGAAAAUUGACUUGUAUGGGCUUUUUCCCCAGUAUUUAUUUUAGUAGCAUAAUUAAGUAUGAAUAUAUGCAUAUACAUUUUUAAAAAAGAUUUAUUAUUGUGUUUUGCCUGCAUGUAUGUCUGUGUGAGGGUGUGUCAGAUCCACUGGAACUGGAGUUACAGACAUUUGUGAGCUGCCAUGUGGGUGCUAGGAAUUGAACCUGGGUCCUUUUGAAAAGCAGCCAGUGAGUUCUCUUAACCACCAUGUAUAUACAUUUUUUUGUUUACAUAAAAUAAAACAUAUAUUUAUACAUUG